AUGGUACUUUUUACCAAUGUUCCCGCAGUUUUACAAGUUCGAGAAUUGUGGCUGAAGGGUAUCGGAUGUAAUGUUAAUUUCUACAUUGGUUUCGAUAAAACACUCUUCUUGGCUCAUCGUGAUAUCAUUUCCGCAAAUUCGACAUAUUUUCGUGAAGCGCUUUACAACGAUGGAAUAAAAGGAUCAUCAAGUUUAAAUGUGGAAAUUCCAAGUGUAUCAGCAGAAACUUUUCACACAAUCCUGGAUUUUAUCUAUUCCACACAACGACCAAAUACACCGCUAAUAAAUAGCACAAAUUUUGUUGCUCUCUAUUUUAAUGCCAAGGUUUAUGGUAUUGCAUCGUUGAUAGCAGCAUGUCAGCAUUUCUUCAAAAAGAUGAAAUCCGAUGACUGUUUAGUAAUUCUGAACCAGUCUGUAGUUUUGGAUAUAAAAGAUUUGGUAGAUGACUGCAUUGAACAUGCCAGCCGAUAUCCUAGCAGAAUUUUACGUUCAGAAAAUUUGUUGGAUUGCCAUUGGAGUACGUUGAAGAUUCUGUUUGAACGACUAAACUUCGAGCCGGCAGAUCAGUUUCAUAUCUUUAUGGCACUGUUCUCUUGGAGUAUGGCUGAAUGCCAAAGACUGGAAAUUGAUGUAACACCGGAGAAUGAAAGAAAGGUACUCCGUGAACUUGUUGAUUUCGUGGAUCAGCAGCAAAUGUCCGCCGAUGACAAAGAAGCCACCAGUAAGUGUUUAUCGCUUUCACGAAUGUACACACUGGCAGCUUUAGACGAUAAUUCCAAGUACGCUAAUGAGAUGGUGGAGGAAUUAAGUGAUGCAAGCCGACCAAAACCUGCUACAGCUAUUGUCAGCGUCCAAAAAUCAGAGCAUCCUAAAUGUAUGGUAUCAGUAACACCAGCCCCGGUGAUAAGGGGUCCAAAAGAGACAGAAAAAGCCAACACUGCGGUUUCAUUGGAACCAAAUUUGAUGGUUCAGCGUGGCAAGUUACCGAAGAAUGCUCUCAGUGCUGUCAGCAAAUUAAGUGCAACAGUGCGGGACCAAAAAACGGAUGAGAAAACUAGGGGUUUCGGUGAAUCGGAGUUCAACUCAGCUGUCAAACAUGGGGAGUAUAAGGAAAAAAAGGACGCUUUUAUGGGAUCCAAAUUAGGUCAGAAUGUGGAGGCCAAAAAGUCAAAAAAGGAAUUCAAAGCUUUCUCCGCAACUAACGAACAACCGAGGUUACCGGAAACACCUGAAGCUCUGAGGUUGAAGUUUGCAAAGAGUGAGUGGGAAAGUAAGUACUUAGAUGUUUUCAAACAUUUAAUUUUUAUCGCUUGUAGUGCUUCUAGGCGGGAGCUUUCUGAAGGUGUAGAGAAGUAUGUAUGGAAGGAAAAUUAA